GCUCUGCACUGCUGAGGAGCGGAGCCUCCAACUGGGGGCCCCUCCUAUCCCUGGCUGUCCCCCAACUGCGCGUCCCUGCCCCACCCCCGCGGCUGAGCCACACUACUGGUGCAGUGGUCUCCGCUUGGCAGAAGAGCCUUGAGCGGUCACCCGCCGGGUUCCACAGCCUCUUUCCAUCAUCUCGGAUUUCGGGGCAGCCUCCUCCCCUACCUCUCUCUGGUUGUUUGCACCCCUCUUUUUCUGCGAUUCGCUAGGGUUUUGUAGCCGUCUGUUUUUGCAUCCCUUUUCUUUUUCCUUCUAGACGAUUUUGAGGGUGAAGCUGCAUUCACACCCCUUACCCUUGUUAUCUUUCCUCGCUCUGACAGCCUCCCUUGUCGUUGCAAUCUGGGGGCCUAGGAUCCCUGCAUCUUCCGCCACAUUGCCAGCACCCCGCAGCGCGUGAACCUGCACCCCGGAAUUUGCAUCAGCUUCAUAUCUUAGCGGGGUCUCAUUUGCCCCCACCGCCUUUGCUCCCCGUGCUUUCGAGUGCGUGGAGGGCUUACAACGCGCGGUGCCCCUGCUUCUCCGCAGCUCCCAGCCCAGUGCAGGGACUCGCCCCGCGCCUUCAAGAUGGUCAUCCAGAAAGAGAAGAAGAGCUGCGGGCAGGUGGUUGAGGAGUGGAAGGAGUUCGUGUGGAACCCGAGGACGCACCAGUUCAUGGGCCGCACCGGGACCAGCUGGGCCUUUAUCCUCCUGUUCUACCUUGUCUUCUAUGGCUUCCUCACUGCCAUGUUCACCCUCACCAUGUGGGUGAUGCUGCAGACAGUCUCUGAUCAUACCCCCAAGUACCAGGACCGGCUGGCCACACCAGGCUUGAUGAUUCGCCCCAAGACUGAGAACCUUGAUGUGAUUGUCAACAUCAGUGACACUGAAAGCUGGGACCAGCAUGUUCAGAAACUCAACAAGUUCUUGGAGCCUUACAAUGACUCUAUCCAAGCCCAAAAGAAUGAUGUCUGCCGCCCUGGGCGCUACUAUGAACAGCCAGAUAAUGGAGUCCUCAACUACCCGAAACGUGCCUGCCAGUUCAACCGAACCCAGCUGGGCAACUGCUCUGGCAUUGGAGACCCCACACACUAUGGUUACAGCACUGGGCAGCCCUGUGUCUUCAUCAAGAUGAACAGGGUCAUCAACUUCUAUGCAGGAGCAAACCAGAGCAUGAAUGUUACAUGUGCUGGGAAGAGAAAUGAAGAUGCUGAAAAUCUUGGCAACUUUGUCAUGUUCCCUGCCAAUGGCAACAUUGACCUCAUGUACUUCCCCUACUAUGGCAAAAAGUUCCACGUGAACUACACGCAACCCCUGGUGGCUGUGAAGUUCCUGAAUGUGACCCCCAACGUGGAGGUGAAUGUGGAAUGCCGCAUCAACGCUGCCAACAUCGCCACAGACGAUGAACGAGACAAGUUUGCCGGCCGUGUGGCCUUCAAACUCCGCAUCAACAAAACCUGAGGCCCCUUCCUCCUGCCCCCACCUCUUUCCUGUGGAUGCUUCUGGAAUGUCCCUGACCCUGCCUGAUCCCUCCCUCACCCACCCCAAAGGUAUUUUUUAUAACAGAGCUAUGAUUUGUCUGAGCCUCACACCCUUUUCCUUGACUACUCAACCCAACCUCAUGCCCAUUUUGAGUCCCUGGCCACAUGUUUCCCACCAUCUUCUCCCAACCUUAGCUCCGCAGAGACAGGGAGGUGGGCUGCCAAGAUGGUUACAGAGGAACAGGAGCCUUUCUAGUUCUGGUUUUGCUGUGAAAGCUACUCACCUCUCCUGCCCUAUCCCGAAAGCUAUAGAAAAUGACCAUUGACCCACCCACCUACACACACACCCCUAAGUUCACCCCCUUGCUUCCUAGAAAUGAAGGUGAUGCUACCUCUUGCCAUUUCUAAGUUUUCUCUCUGUUCUGCACCGUGGCUAUCUUGGUGACUUCUGACUUACCCGGAUCCUCUGGCAGGGCUCCCCCUUCCUUUCCAUCCCUAUUCCCACCUCAGAAAGGCAGCCAUUUGUAUUUGAGGACAAGGUGGUUCUGUGGCCUUUACCCUCUUUCCUGGCAUGUCCUGCCUCUCAGGCGGUGGUGAUUCAGUGAGCUGGGAAAUGAGAGACUAGAAGAGAAGCCUGUGUUGAUCCUUCUUGAAAAUUAUCUAGCAGCCCCUGACUCCCAUGUCUUUCUGAUUCUUCCUAUCACCCAAAUAGCCACUACUCAGAGGGGCGGGGCUGACCUAGGCUGAAUAUCCACUUUGUUUUUGCUGAUGGCUCCCUUCCCCCUUUGGCCUUCCCAGAAUAUCUUUCAAGUUCCACUUCCCAGGGAGCCCUGGGGGAGGGGCAGCCAUUUUUGGCUCCGUCCCCAGGUCCCCAGCGGCCACCUUGGAAACAUCAGCUGGCUAUGGGACUAUUCCACCUCCUUCCACUGAGCCCACAUCUGCCCCCACCAUUCUCUUUCUGGCUUCUCUUAGCAAGUUAUCAAGUAAUCACUAACUCUUUCUCCUCCGCAUGCCAGCCUGAAAGUUCCAACUACCUUCCUUAAUCUAGGCUCUGAAUUUCUUGGCUCCAUCUCCUCGAGACCCCUUUGCCUUUUUUAAAAAAGAAAUACCCAUAAUGCCCAUAGAAUGUUCAAUGAGGGGCCGCCUGCUCUGAGUAUUCUUUAGGUGUAGAGGCAUUUUAACUCUUUCUCCUCCCAUGUCCCUUCACUUCCUCACCUUCCCUAACCUCUCUUUCUUUUCUUAAUUCUGCAGCCUCCACACCCCAUCCAAGACAGACCCUUCCCUUUUCUCUCUUGCUGGAUCUGUAGAUCUGUGUCUUUUCCUUUCUUUGGUCCCCAUGUUUUCUUGCACCUCCCCUUCUCAGUGGUCUCUCUCUGCAGUUAUUUAAUGCCUGUGUCAGAUCUACUGUAAAAAGAGGAUAAAGUACAAUAAAAUGAGAGCAAUUAUAUAUAUAAAUAUAUAUCAUAUACAGAA